AUGAUGUUGCUGCAACGACUGUUGUAUUUUACGGCCCUGUUUUUGAGUAUUGCUUGUGUGUGUGUGGCGGCGUCUGAAGAGACUAAAGAGAUCGAAGGUCCACCUUCUGAUGAUGGUGGUUGUCGUGAACCAGACAAGAAGGGUCCAAACUGUCAAAAUAACCCUCUCGUAGCUGAAGCAGAUGGUACUCAGUGUGCGGACCUUCCUGGCAAUAAGAAGUGCACCAACGAGGAUCGUGGCAGUAAAAGCGAUUGCCGUGAAGAUUCCGAAACUUGUCCACCACCAAAAGAUCAGAUGGAACCCGCACCAAUUACAACUGCAAAGGAACCAGCUCCCACUUCACCAAAGAAACCAGGUCCAACAACAUUAAAUGGGCGGAAUUCCGAACAUACCGGUUCUUCUUCGGAACUUGCUGCUGAAAGAGCUGAACAGGCUCCUGCUGGUGUUGCCGGUGAAUUAGGUGAAGCUGGCCCUGGGCAGGGUUCUGGUACUCAUAUUUCUGUUGCAGCUCCCACUGUUGGUGUUGUUCCUCCUCCUGCACCUUCUCCAUCUGUUGAGGGGAGUGGUAAUGAUGGACCUGCAAAUGGAAAUCAAGGUGGAAAUCAGGGCGGCAGUGCAGCAGCUGAAAGUGAAAGUGAAGCACCACAUCCGUCUCCAUCUUCGUCCAACAAUACAGACACAGGGAAUGCUACUGGUGCUGAUAAUGAAACAACUGAGAGCGGCACUCCAUCUGCAGAGAGUGAAUCAACAAGUACCCAAAGUGAGGGAGGAAAUACAGAAACCACCUCUACCACCACCACCACAACUACAACACUUCCUCCUGAACUCACAAACAACAAGAAGGGUGAUGCAGACAGCAGCAGCAGUAUCAGCAGUUCUGUGUGGGUGCGUGUACCACUACUGAUUGUGGUUACACUGGCCUGUAUUCUUGUGUGCUGA